CCGUGCCUUAUUUCCUUCUCCACACCCUCAUUAACGACGUCUUGCGCACAUCACUUGUUAGUGUUGCGGCAGGGAAUAAAAAGGCUGUUCCCACUAUUCUAAUACUACACUACCGCCGGCCGAUCCACCUUCUCCUGGGAGCAUCCAAGGCCGCCUCUGCAUCGGAUGCUGCUUCAGUCGCCCACUUAUACACUCCCCAUCACGCCAACCGCUCGCAGUUUGACCUGACCUUGGCCUCUCGACGUCAGUCUUCCAUCACGCUCGUGUUGUCGUUAUAAACCACCACCACCCUUGCCUGACCCUACGAUCCUGGCUCAACAACAUCUAUCAAUCUACACACAAUCUUCACAUCCUUGUGAGAGUACUGCCACUACAACUAAGCAGGCUACCUACCAUUACUACCUACUUCCAUAACAUACCCACGGCGGAACGUUACGCUUGGGCAAGAAGAGCAAUCUCCUGGUUGCCCUAGAAUAAAAAGAAGCUGCUUCGUGCACCUUUAAUAUCCGUCCUCGACCCUUGCCAGCCCCAUACGACAGGGUAUCUACUUAGACACAUAACACAACUACCGCCGAGCCCUUGAACCUCGAUUCACAGGCACACAAAACCAUCUAUUACCUGGUCAUUGCCACGGUGCUGCUAUUUCCACCAUCGCCGGCGUCGAACCCUUGUGAUCCCGAUCAUAUCAACGAAGCACCGCUGGUUAAUUCUAUCGAUUCUAUUUUCGACUUCGCUUCCUCUUGCAAUCUUACUUGCUUAAUCACCUGCUGCGUGGAGAGGAAACUUUAUGUGUCCGAUGGUUUCGUCAUUGCUAGGAACAAGAGCAAUACCUCGAUCAUAUCGCUGCAGCCGCUGAAGCAAGUACAAGAGCGACGACACGACGACAGAUUCCACAAGAAGGAAAUACUUUAACUCGACAUCUUCACACACCCAUCAUAGCCACGAUGGACUCCGAAACCUGCUAUCACAACUACGCCUACACUCUGCAAAAGUAUCUGCUUUUGCAAGAGCAACACGAGCAACUCUGUACCAGCCUCGAGCAGAUCCGCCCGCGCACUGCAUCGACCGGCACCCUUUCCACCAUCUCUUCUCCCAGCACCUCACCCGUCCGCUCUUCUAUCUACGCCUCUGCCGGACGACGACACUCCCGCUCUGGCCAACGCCGCUCCUCAAGGGCGCACGGACGAUACAAUGGCUGGGAAGACUCGCUCGACACCAUCGUCGAUGAAGACACCAUCUUCCAGAUCUCCGCCGAGGAGCAGCGUCUGUUUGACGUCAACGAGAGCAUCAAGCGGGCCUUGACUGAGCUGCUCAACUGCGACGCCGUGCGAAGUGACAUGACGACCCGCAUGUGGGCUCAGACCAGACUGAUGGAGACUGAGAAGGAACUCCGAUCAGGGCGACGGAGGCGAAGCUCCCCUAGCCGGGACUGAGCUGGGCCAAAGAGCAAAAGAGCAAACAAAUUGAUUGAUCAAACAAAAAUGCGAAUUACGCAGCCAUUUGUGGGGAGUGGAAUGGAAACAAACUCAUUGGACCCGCCACCGACGAUCAGCUAUUUUGAGCACAAGCCAAGCUUUUCUGGCCCUGCGAUUCAGUCACUCUUUUUUUUUUUUUCGAUUGCGACAUUCUUAAUGUUAAUCCUAUCAUGGCUAGCCAGCUUAGCCUCUAUACCACUGGGGACCAUCUUUUUUUACAACGGGACGCACCAAUUUUUUUCUUUUUUGUAUGGAGAAGGGGGAAACAAACAAAAGAUACCAAUGGCUCAACGGUGGAGAGCUGACACCCAUUCGAUGACACGGAGUUUUCUAUUUACUCUUUUUCUAUUACUGAUGGGGGGAUACAAAAAAAGAACGCAAAUUUGGAGACGUUGCUUUUUUUUUCUUUGCUACUUCAUCAUUUUUUAUUACCCACCUACCUGAUUUAGUAUGUUGUGGUCCGUUGCCUGACGCAAUAGGCUUUUCUUUUUUUGUUGAUGGCAUCGCAUUGCGUGCGGCUUUGCGCUGAAUCACAUCAUUAUCAUAUAUGUACAUAUAGCAUGUCUUGUGUACAUACCACAUCUCGUGCAAUCCUGCGGAAUUUUUUUUAGUGUUUAUUUUUCUAUAUUCUUUACUUUUUAUCAUUUGUCUGAUUUUUGCAUUGGUGGGUUUUACAGGAUGUGUUUUUGGACAAGCGGGGUUCAUCGAUAAAAGGGACUUUGGGAGCGAGCCUGCUAUUGCAUAUAUAUUUUGUAGCACCUGAUAUUUUUUUUAUUACUAUCACCUGUUGUUUACUCUGCUGGUUACGAUAUUAUAGGUGGCUUUGGAUAGCAAACAAACGAGCAGGCAAAAAAUUAGCAGGCACCAAAAGGCUGGCAAAGAGACAGUCACAAUUGACACAAUAUUGAGUUCAAACAAGGCUUCCCUUGAAGUGAU